AUGUCUGGUUUUCACGAUUUGGGCCUUCUUAUUGAUUCAUUCAAAGAGACCAUUUUUGGUCCAUUUACCAAAACUGGCUACAAACAGAUAAUGAUCAAUGAAGGCAACGAAUUUGCAGAGUCAUUUCUUCAUUGUGUUUCUCCUCAUCAACGAGUCGAUCAGUUUGAGUUCACACCGUCUUCCCCUAUGAGCGGCGGCCGCGACCUCACGGUGGUUAAGAAGCUUAACCACAAUGCCAGUGAGCGCGAUGACCGCAAAAAGAUUAACACUUUAUAUUCCACUCUUCGUUCCUUGCUUCCAGCAUCAUAUCAAAUGAAAAAACUAAGCAAUCCAGCCGCAAUUUCACGGGCCGUGAAAUACAUACCGGAGCUGCAACAACAAGUGAAAGGACUGAUUCAGAAAAAGGAAGAACUGUUAUCAAGACUUCGUAGGUUGCAGCAGCAGGGAGAUCCAAUUUACAAUGAGAAGCAAAGCAGAAGUGCAGCUUUGAGCUCUUUAUCUGCUUCUGCAUUUGCAGUGAGUUGGCUCAAUGACAGAGAAGUUGUGCUUCAGAUUUCUUCAUAUGUGGUCCAGAAGAGUCCAUUAUCACAAAUCUUGGUUGAUUUGGAAGAGGAUGGGCUUCUGCUACUUAAUGCUUCCUCCUUUGAGUCCUUUGAAGGAAGGCUCUUCUGUAGUCUUCAUAUUCAGGUAGAAAGAACUUGUAGAAUGGAGUGCAACAUUCUGAAUGAGAAGAAUAUCAUUCCAUUAAUGUGUGACAGGAGAAAAGGGUGUUUUCCUUGCUAA